AUGAAGUGGUCUCUGCGUUGGGGGAGUGGUGCUCGGUUCUGCUGGUUUCUGUUUCCUCUUCUUCUCCUCUCGGACCUAAGCAUUCUAGACUUUGUGGCUGGUCUCGUUCGUAUUUGGCAAGCUUUGGAGUGUGGAGGUCUCUCCGGGGUAUGGACCUCCUUAGUCUUGUGGUGCCAGUUCUAUGAGCAACGGAGCAGCGAGCCUGCUAACUCCACAGAUUUGGGCUGGUGGUUCUUACCUCCUUCUCGCGGUUCCAUUAUUCUUCAAGGUCAGGUCUUCAUGUUGAGGAAAGUGCCAUUUGUACAAGUCUUCGGAUUUGUUGGUAUUGCGGCAUUGCUGCACUAG